AAAAAAGACACACAUAGACAACAUAUAAGAGUGUCCGAGUGCAACCCGGACAUAGGGCCACGCAACGAAACACAUAUUCGCCAACUGUUAUUGCACAGAUCACCGUCACAACAUCUCCCUAAUUCAAAUCAAGACACCGCAUUUCAUCCAAAUAUUCACAAGGAUCUUCCUUUCAAUAAAUCUUAACACCAUUGUUAUUUCACUUCAUCUUUUCUAUCUCUCGCUUUAUCUUCAUUUCGAUCUCUACGGUUCUCUAGGGUUCGUUCAUCCGUCCCCUUUUCUCAAUACAAUAAGGUUUGUCUCUUUUUGUGAUGCAGGUUUUGUCCUUUUUCUUUGUAAGUUGUUUUUGGAGGAGGAGUGGAGGUGGAAAUAGAGUUUUGGGAGGAAGAUAAUAGUUGCUUGUUAUUGUCUGAAUCUGUCUAAUAUAGGUGGUUUAUGAUCAAUUAUCAGUUUAUAUGUCCUGUCACAUUUGUUGAGAUUGAGAAUGGCUUUUUUUAAUGAUGGGUUGAAUUCAAGGAUUUAGUUUUUGUAGAUUGGUAACAAAGUGGGAGAAUUUGGAUUUUGGAUUUUGGAUUUGUGGUGUUUUGGUUUGGGAUGGAUCUUAGAAAUGGAAAGGAGAAAGGUAUUGAGGUUGAUCUUGAAAGUGGAUUGCCACUAAUUGAAGAUAACUCGAGGAGAAUCUCGAAUUCAAUCACUGCAAAGCAAGGGAAAAUGUUAUUCGCUCAAUUUUCCGGUGAGUUUGUUGGGGGUUUUGUUAGAGGUGAAGUUGGGACGAGUUCGUACUUCAAUGAAUCGAAUUUAAGUGAAGUUUCAUUCGAUGUGAUGAAAGUGAUGAACAAGAUUCCGGCAAAGGAGAAUCGUAAAAAGGUGUCGAAUAAAAAGGCUGCCAAACCUCCAAGACCUCCGAAGGGUCCGUCGUUAGACGAAGCUGAUUAUAGGUUAAUUAGGGAGUUAUCUGAACUUGCGACCUUGAAGCGUGCAAGGGUGGAGCGGAUGAAAGCGUUGAAGAAAAUGAAGAAUGCUAAACCAAAUUCGUCCAACAGCACUAGCGCGUUGGCCUUGGUUUUCACUGUUCUCUUCUUCGUCGUGAUAAUCUUCCAAGGCAUGUCAUCUGGGAAAAGCUCAGUGGCAAGUUUCCAAGGAUCUCCUAUAUCAGGAGGAGGAGGAGGAGGUGGUUUAAUUUCGGUUCAGUACCAACUCAAUCCAUCCAGCGAUUCAAAUGCGCCGGGUUCAGAGUCCCCCAAUUUUGUACAGCGGGUAGCAGGUUCAGAUUUGAAUGAAAAAGUGAGGAGAGAUUCAGGUUAAUGCAAUGUUUAAGGAGAAAGAGAAUGCCAUCAUCACUUUUGUGUAUUUUGAGAAGAGAUAGAUGGCUUAGUUUUAUUGUGAUUCUCAUACAAACUUUUCUUUUUGUCUCUCAAUAAUUAUCAAUUAUUAUUAAUCUGUUUUUGGUAACUUUUCCCUUUUUAUGUAUAUUAAUCAAUAUUGAAGAGUGAGUUUUCAUUAGCA